CAUUUUUCAUCAAUAUUGAGGUUUAUCCCCCUACAAAAAUGAGAAGGAUCAAUUAGGUUUUUGGUUUUUUUUAAAAUAUGGUGGUUAUAUUAUGAAGAAUAGGUAGAUUCCCUGUUAAAGUUGUAACCAGAUUUUUACCUCUCCCUCUCAUAUGUAUCCGUGUAUAAAAAUGUAUUACCUUGACUAACAGCUGUUAUGGUGCAAGUCCUACCCACCAAGUCACACUUCAUUUGUUAGACUGGGCUCUCUGGAGGUAUAGAGGGCUGUUUUCUCAGGAUUGCACACUAGAGGGAGCCAGCAAGUCCCUCUGGCUUAGUCUAGCUCCAGUGGGAACCGACUGUCAGACUUUAUAAUAGGAUUCAGGGUCAACUGUGUACCUGGGGCUUUCUAAGAAUAGCUGUGGGGGAGCAGAGACUCCUUCUUCCAGGGGUUAGUGGCCUGGGAAUCUGGUAGGAGAGAACGGGGUGAUGGAUGGAUGACUGACCUGCCAGGGUGAGAUCAGUGAAGGAUGAAGGGCCUGGGGUGAUGUCUCUUUCAACACAGGGCUUCUUUGGGUUAGAGUAGGUAAGUGGGAGACAGCUGCUCCAGGCAGACCCAUCUCUGGUCUGCAACUGGGCAUACAUGUAUAGCGUGUGCACCUGAUUUUAAGCCAAACAUACGUUUCUGUGGAUACUCUGGAUCUCCCUGGUACUGCAACUUCAAUACCUCCCUAUUUCAUAUGUACACACAAGGGCUGGGUCAGCUGCUGAGCGCUUAAAUAGCUGCUGGCUUACUCUGUGUCUCGCUGUGACUUGGGGCACUUGAAUGUGUGGACAUUUGGACUUAUCUCCUUCUAAACUGUUGGGAGUUACAGGCGCUACCAUAUGUCACUGGAAAAAUAAUAGGUGAAAUCCCGGCCUAGUUGAACUUGAGGGAAGUUUUUUCAUUGGCUUCAAUGGGACCAGGAUUUUGGCCAGUUUUCCAAAUGCAUAAUGGCUAGGCACUCUGUAUAUAUCAAGAUCUUGUGUGGGCGUCUUCUCUAGUAUUGCUCCAUUGUAGUGAGGAACAAUUACAAGCCACUUAUUUCUCUUCCCUCAGCUGUAUCACUUUCCUCUUUUUUUGGUGCGUUACAGAGCUAUGUGGGGCAGUUUUACAAGGACCAUCGCCAUGGCAAGGGGAUGUAUUUUUGGCCCGACAGUUCCAAAUUUACCGGUUCAUUUUAUCUUAGCCAUAAAGAAGGAUAUGGGACCAUGGAAUUCCAGGAUGGCAGAAACUAUCAGGGACUAUACAAGGCUGAUGAGCGAUUUGGACCAGGAGUUCAGAGCUAUCCAGAUGGCUCUCAAGAUGUUGGCUUGUGGCUCAGGAAUCACAUAAUUAAACUGUGUACUGAAAUACCUGGACAUUUUUGUCUCUCGGAUUACCCAGAACACUACAGCUAUUUUGAUGCUGAUUCCCAGAGAGAGUAUCUUUCUAAUGAGGAAAUUCCAUUUUGGGAUCUGAAUGAGGAACAGGACCCAUUUUUCUACAACUACAAACUUCUCCUUUUAGAUGACAGUUACACAUUGCCUGAAAAAAUGUACAUAUACUCAACUGAUACAGAUCACCUUCCCCUGACUCGCACCUUCCGUAAAGAGUUUGAUUCCCAAUAUUUUCAGAACAACAAAAAGUUGUAUGAUGAAGAACCAUGGCCUAUUAAAAACACAAGCCCUUUAAUGGUUAGAAUGCAGAAGCACAUCUAUAAAUACAGGCACUGUCAAACAGAGAUCAGUUGGGAUAUCAACAUCAUUCUGAAUGGAAGCCGAGACACCUUUGGACCCAAGGGCCCCAAAGAGCUUGCUUCAGAGCAGCUGAUUCAGAAGGCAGCAGCAGGAGACUUCAAUAGCAUUUAUGAGAUUCUGAGGGACAGCUUAGCUCAUCCAGAUGUAGCUGACACGCAUGGAUACACUGCACUUGCUGCUGCUGCUGUGAAUUACCAUGACGACAUCAUUAAUCUUCUUCUUGAUAAUGGAGCUGAUGUGAAUAAAUGCAGUGAUGAAGGAUUAUCAGCCCUAUCCAUGUGCAUUAUUCUUUAUUACCCAGUAGAAUCAUUUAAGGCUAAUGUUGCUGAGAGGAACUUUAAAAAAGACGAGGAUGAGCAGUUGGAAGAUGAAUCUGCACCACUUCCAUUGGCACCAGCAAAACAGAAAUGCUUAACAGGCCCUGUUCGUCAGUCAGCCGUGGUACCUCCUAUGUCCGGGGAAAAGGUAGAAUCUGUUUCUGAUGAUAGAAAUGCAUUGGAUGAAAUGGACCGUGCAAGUUUAGAAAAGAGGACUGGCUGCAGCACUGAAACCAACUUUGAGUCGAACCGUACUGUUUUCAACUAUGGAAUCGAGGUUUCUCUAGAAGCUUUGCAGCAGAGUGCAGAUGCCUUCAGCCUGUGUUUGCUGAGAGAACCCUUCUAUGCCUGUGUCAAUGGAUAUGGUGGGGCUGAAGGCACCGUGAGAAAAAUGGUGUUAUCAAUAUCUGAACACCGAAAGAGAUGGACCACGGUCAAACUACUUCUCCGCAGAGGUGCAGACCCCAAUGUUUGCCGGAUCCCUCUGCAUGUCCUAUUCUUUGCUGUUAAAGCUGCAGAUGUAGAAGCAGUGAAACUACUAUUAGCAGCAGGAGCAAAGACUGACAUACGACUUCCACCCAGGCUGGGAGGUUUAAUGCCUCUUCAUAUUGCUGUAGCCAUUCCUGGUGAAGAAGGGGUCAAGAUAACGGAAUUAAUCCUUCAUUCAGCUACAGAUCCCGAUGCAAGGGCAGGAGACGAAGAUGAUGUAUAUGCACCAGACUGGAAUGAGCCUGCCGAAUCACCAGUUAUUAUUGCCAUGAAACUUAAUAAUGAAACUGGACCUCCUAGCGAAUACUACUCAUCUUCUGGUAUUGCCCCAGAGGAAGGUGGGAGGACUCCUUUGCAUAUUGCCUGUGAGAGAGAGGAUAACCCCAAGCAUGUCAGGGAUGUUGUCCACCUCCUCUUAACUCAUAAGGCAAAUCCUAACACCUCGUGGAGUGGCCAUUCACCCCUUUCCCUGGCAAUUGCCAGUGGGAAUGACUUGGCAGUGACGGAACUCUUAGCGUAUGGCGCUGACCCCAAUCUUCCAUUAAGCAACGGUAUAGGUAGUGCCCUUUGUGCUGCUGUCAACACUACAUAUGAACAGAAGAGGACCAUAGCAAACAGGAUUUUAUUGAUUGAUAAACUAAUUGAGGCGGGUGCAGAUAUGUUGAUGCCAAUUAUUCUUAGCCAAGGGAGGAGAACUGCAGUGGGAACUGUAGUAGACUAUGCAUAUUAUAAAUACUUUCAGGAUAAGAAGAUAGCACAUACUCCAUACCACGCAUUAUUGCCGCCAGAACGGGAGAUUUUCAAUGCGCGCAGGGAGCUGCUAGAGUACAUUAGUGACCGGCUUCGUGAGUGUGUUAUCUUGAAAGAGAGAGAAUGGGAUAGAGAAGAACUUCGGAAAUCCAGGAAAUUAGAUGCAAGUCCUCGUGCUCCCUCAGCUAGAAGGAAACGUGUGGACAAGCGUGCUGCAAUAACGCUACCACGGGAGGAAGUGAGGCAGCCCUUCUUUAAAUACUGCUACCAGUGUGGGCGGGCUAUAGGGAUUCGACUCACUCUUUGCACACGCUGUUACGAGAUCUUCACUUGCAGCAAGGCUUGUAAAGUCAAAGCCUGGAAUGAGCGUCACAGGCGCGAGUGCUUUGGAACUACAGGAAAGCAUCAACUUAAGACUAAGUCGGGCAUUUCAAGAGAGAGGCAGAGUCCUGUUGGCAGAAAGGGAAGCGAGGGAAGAGGCAGAAGAGAUGUCUUCAGGAAAGAUGACAAGAAGCCAAGUCCAGGCAGACCACGUGCAGCGGCCGAUGACGUGCGUCCAAAUCUUCCUUACACUGGGAAUUAUAGUUACAAUUAAUCCUACGGUAGAAAAAAAUGAGCAUGUUGAAUAAGUUGACCUGGGAUCACGUGCCUUUAUCUAAUAAGUGUUAUAUCAAAUAAGAAGCGAUAGGAUACUAAUGAUAUGCCUUUGAUGACAACUUAGCCCUCCAUAGUCAUUUUCCAGGGGCCUUCUCCAUUUUUAAUUUAAAAUACUGAUUAGUAUGGAUGCCUCUACAGUUAGACAUGUAAAGAAAGAGCUGGAUGAUAAAAAUGACUAUUGUACGGGGUAAGACUGUGUAAGAGCUAUUCAUGUCACUGAAAUAGCAUCUGGAAUUUGACUUUAGUGCAUCUCUCAUCAACUUCAUGAAAAUUUCCACUCUCCUCGAGCUUGAAUUUCCACUUAAUUACACUGUGAUUGGUGUGGGGCAACUUGGCUGUUACACUGAUUUAGUUAGUUAUUCAACUGACCAAACUUUCUGAAAAACAGAUUAUGCUCCAAAAGCAUGAAAAAUGUCACACAACCUCAAAGCUCACUGUGUUCAGCAAGGAGAACUUUCUGUCUGAUCUGGCAUGCUCUUGCCUCCCAACCCUCCCUCAGUUUCAUUUUAUUGGCAGCUGAGGACAUGCAACCACUCAUAGGAUGAGGAUUGGAGUGGUGAAAACUUUAGCGCCCACACCUGUUCAAGUCAAUGGGCAUUUUGCUGUUGACAGGAAUGGAAGCAGGAUUAGGGGAUGUUUGCUCAUAUAGCGGACAGAGGUCACCACGUGGAAAAGGAGGCAUGUUCUGGUUUAGGUGUCUAAUUUUAGCGAUGCUGAGCACCUACAACUCCUAUUGGAUCCAGUUGGGGAGGUAGCUACAGGUACUCAGCACCUCCGAAAAGUAGACCCUGUUUAUGUGCCUGUCUGUAGUGUCAUGUUUGAGAAUUUUGGCCAGCGUACAUAAGGACCGGAAUAUCGUUCCUCACCCCAGCUGACGUAGGGAUGGCAUGGAUAUAACUGAGAACAGAUACUGACCCUUGGAUUGUAUAUAGUUUGAGCAUGCUCGUUUCCCAAUGUUUGGCCUACCAAUAGCUCAUUUGCAAAUGUGGGGUGUGUUCAUAAAAGCUACAAAAUUGGAUACAAAAAUUGUUUUUUUGUUUUCCUAUUUCUUUGCUAGGGGCAGUUAUUUUAAAUAGUAAUACAGAGAGGAUUUACAGGAGAUAUAUUUCUGAGAUGAGUGAAUUGUAGUUUGUAUAAAUACUGUUCCUUGUAGAGUAACCAUGGAUAAAUAUGUAUUAAGUUUUACAGAAUAUAGAUAUCAGCUGUUUAGAGCUGUGUAUAUAAAAUACAAUCUAAACUCCUGUAACUGAAAGAUUUUA